CAGAAAGCUCCUUAGAAACAGAAAAUCUUCAGAAUGAACAAUGAAAACAAUAAAACUGCUCAUUGGGCACAUAUUUGACGAUACGUGAUGUAUCCAAGGCAGGAAGGGGCGCCAAUUGGUGGAGCCCCGUCCUUGCGGAAUCAACCGCUCACACUACAUGUACAGGAUGGUGCUCCACAGCACGUCGGACUACAAUCACUGUCGACGCUUGAACGCCAACAUAGAGCAAAAAUACGUUGUUCGGUGCAGUUAGUGUUUGCCGGAGUAUUUUUAUUGAUUGGUGGUAUCGGAUUGACUUUCUUUCACGCAAUUGUCUUGUCGGGUGAAGAAGAGGAAGGGGCGGAUGUAGAAGAGGAAGGGUCGGGUUUUGGAGAGGAAGUGGACAUUUUUUCAGCGUUUCAAAUAAUAGGACCAUUUCUAAUUGGAAUCGGGCUUAUAAUGUCGCUCAUCGGAAUUUUUCUUUACAAUAAGGCAAAACGUGAAUCCGUCAUUACUGCAGAGCGUCAACGUGAGCAGUCUGACACUUCAAACAUGGACUCCCAAUCAGCACCGCCGACAUUGUCAAAUCAGGGUUGGCGACCAGGGUUACAGCCUUUGAACGCGCCACCAUCUAUUUCAGGUACGACGUAUGCAACACCGCCACAUCCAGGUACUACUUUUCCAGGACCGCCGCAUGCUGGUAUUACUUUUCCAGGACCGCCACAUUCAGGACCGCCACCUCCAGGUACUACUUUUGCAGAACCGACACUUCAAAGUACUCAAAUUCCUGCUAACUUGGCAUCUCCAGGCCCACCACUACCCCCGGGCCCACCUCCACCCCCAUAUGUGCCGCCACCUCCAUAUUCAAGUGAACUACGGGGACAAGGCGUGGAAUAUAGAGGGAUAUCUGGAGCGGGACAAUCUGCAUUUAAGACCUAAUUAAAAACAUAGAAUUUAGAACAUUUGAAAAAGGGACAAUGAUACCUUUUGUGAAAAAAAACAUUUCGUGGCCAAUGUAUACAAUUCGGGGAAAUGCAAAAGUUAUUUUUUCAUCUUACAGUCUCAAGGAUCCAAAUGAAAUGACUGUUAUCAGUUCUCUCGGUUUUAUCAUGAUUUGAUAUAUAUUUAUAAUAAUAAAAAUGCAUUACUUCAACUCAACACCUCCUUUUCUCAUGGUGCUGAUUUGCAUAUUUAUAUUCGUCUCAUGCUGUGGGUCCUCAAUGAUUUCACGCAUAGAAACACUGUCGAUGUUGUAGUUUAUACUCGCAUGGACAGGUUGGAGGAAGAUGUAGGCAGAAGCUAUAUCUGUAAAAAUAGUACAUGUAGUAAGAGAAAUAUGAAACUGUUUUACUUCAAAUCAGACUCCAAUACAAAUUACAGUGUAAAUAAUUCAAC